UGAAGUCACAAGAAAACCCUAUACAACCUUGGUUGCUUUAGUUUUUUCCCACCACUAUAAAUCCCCGACCUCUAAUCUCUUCUGCUUAGGCAGUGAUCAUUCAGCUUCAAAAACUUCGUUUUCUCACAAACCCGCAGUUUUUUUUCCCCAAUUUUAAUUUUUCUUUUUGAAAAAAUAGGAAGCUAAUACAAGAUACCUAGCUCUGCAUAUCAGGAGAGUUUGAAUCCUGAUCCUAGCUUACUCGGACCGAUCGAUCACCUUUCCUACCUACCACCGGGCUAACCCCUGUGGCUUGCAUCUCUCUGUGGUUCUCUCAUCUCUCUUUAAAACUCCACAUCAAGAAGUUUGUGCAGGCUAUUUUUUUAUCCAACAAUUCGCCGCGUUUAUUGUAAUUUAAAGGUUUCAAUAAUUAUAAAAUGAGAAUUCUCAUGUCUGCCUGCAAACAAGUAGUACAGCCGAUGGUGAGCUUCCAAGGCCCCGGGCUCACCAACAUAAACAUGGAUCCGUUUUUACGGCGAAAAGAUAAGGUUGUGAUCGUAAUGGGAGCCACCGGGACUGGGAAGUCCCGGCUUGCCAUAGACCUCGCAAGACAUAAUCCGCCGGCGGAGAUUAUUAACUCGGACAAAAUGCAAGUCUACAAAGGCUUGGACAUCGUCACCAACAAAGUCACUGAGGACGAGUGUAAAGGCAUACCUCACCAUUUGAUAGGCAAAGUCGAUCCCGACUCAGAUUUUACUGCCAAUGAUUUCAAGCACCAUGCGUCGUUGGCCAUCGAAUCGAUCUUGGAGCGUGACAGAUUGCCAAUCAUUGCCGGGGGUUCAAAUUCGUAUAUUGAAGCCUUGGUGGAUGAACACUCGGAGUUUCGAAUGAAGUACGAGUGUUGCUUUCUUUGGGUUGAUGUGGCCAUCCCCGUGCUCCACUCUUUCGUGUCAGAGAGAGUGGACCGGAUGGUGAAGAUGGGUUUGGUGGAAGAGGUGAGAAGAAUGUUUGACUCUACAACUGAGAAAGAAUAUACGCGCGGAAUCAGGCGAGCCAUAGGCGUGCCUGAAAUGGAUGAGUAUUUACAAGGCGAAGCAAGUGGUAAUAACGAUGAUGAAACUCAAGAGAGGCUUCUUCAAGCAGCAAUUUCUAAAAUCAAAGAAAAUACUUGCAUUUUGGCGUAUCGCCAAUUGCAAAAGAUUCGCCGGCUGCAAGCUCGGCGGGAUUGGAACAUGCACCGCCUUGAUGCCACGGAGGCAUUCUUAAAGCACCACGCGGAAACGAAUCAAGCGUGGGAAAAACUCGUGGCAAGACCUGCCACGCGGAUAGUGCGUCAGUUCCUUUUGGACCCAAUUCCCUCCCUUCUUCCGACAGAGAACAUCACCGCCACUACCACGGCUGCGGUUCUUUCCACGUCUAUGCCGACAGUGGCCACUGCAACACGAUAGCUAGAGGAAGUAGGUCUGGCCGUCUCUGCGGUUAAAUAAAAAAUAAAAAAUAUAAGAAGAAAAACAUAGUUACUGUGGGAAUGUAAACACUGCUGUCACUGUCAGGUGGUUAAGUUAAAAGUACAUCUACAUCUUGGGUGGCCGUACAGUUGGAAGCAUUUUAGAAAUCCGUGCUGGCUGCUUCGAAGGAUGAUGAUUCUUUCACUUCCUAAUCUUUCUUCUAUUUUCUUUUUUCUACUUAAACGGUUAUAAUUAA